AUGCCUAUAACGCACAAAUUUGUUCCUCUAAACAAUGGAUUUAAAGUCCCUUGUAUUGGGUUUAAUACUUCAAAGCUUGAAGCCCAUAAUAUUGAAAAGCUAAUGCUUUGCGCUAUAGACUCUGGCUAUCGACAUAUUGAUUGCGUUUCCACAAACGACAAUGUAAAGGACAUUGGAGUUGCUCUACAAAUGAAACUUAGUUUAGGUACACUAAAUCGGACGAACUUCUACAUUUCAUCUAAAGCAAACUUCCAGUCUUUGAGACGAAUUUGUGAAAAAACCUUAGCGGACAUUGGAGUAUCAUAUUUAGAUCUGUAUUUAUUACACAGUUCUUCAGCCCCUGAGGAUUACACCCAAACUGAGAAGUUACUGGAUAUAAUAGACGGUAAUUGGCGGGAAAUGGAGCGAUUGGUAGAUGCGGGUCUUGUUCGAUCAAUUGGCUUGUCGAAUUUCAACAGGAAUCAUCUAGACAGAAUUAUCAAGAUAUGCAACAUAAAACCAGUAAUGCUUCAUUUGGAAGGCGUCUUCAUGACACUCGAUGAAGAACUUGCUGGUUACGCGCAGUCUUUUGGGAUCCAGGUUUCCGUGCAUGACCUAUCUUCGUCCACGACAAAAGAGGAAAACGAAUUUCUUGAAAACAAAGACGUAUGCAAAAUGGCCAGGGCUUAUCACAAGACACCAGCCCAAUUGCUCAUUCGACAGGCAGUUCAAAGAGACAUUAUUGUGCUUUCCCACAGCACAGACCCACAGAGGAUUCGAGCAAACAUUGACGUGUUUGAUUUUGAACUGACCAGCGAUGAAGUCGAAAAACUUGAGGAGGUUAAAACAACAAUUAAAAAGAAACACCGAACUGAGAUCAAAUCUAAGCCGGAGAGAGAAUUCACUUUAGAUCACGUCCUCCGAAGUCGGGCAAGUGCGAUUAAGAUUUAUCAACGCAUACUAAGCAGACUAACAAAAUGGCCGAAUGACGCCAGCGGUUGUUAUAGCAACCAACCCAUCGACCACUGGGGGUCCGCUAAGUUGUUCUACAAUUGUAAAGAUAUUCCGGAUAAGUCGCAUUGUCGCAAAGCAGCACCUAGUUCUGUGUUUGGAGCAUAUUUGUCGUCCCAACCCCAAUCAACGUUGCAUCCAGGCGUACCGCGUCUGCUGGAGAUGCUAGUUGGCUCCCUUGAGGCAGGGGGUUUGGCAGUUGAGGGCCUGUAUCGUGUCCCCGGAAGGACCUCCUGGCCCCAUGACCUCGAAAAGGCAUUCACACUUCAGGGCAUGGACAGCAGUGCUGUUCUGACGUCGCUGGUGAAGAAAUAUCUCAUGUCGCUGCCUAUAAAACUCCUGGACUGCGGCUCAUGGGAUUCCGUUAUGAAGUUGCUCGACAGCGAGGAAGCAACGACUCUGGUAAAACGCACGGAAAUUCUGUGCACAAUCAGAUACAAGAUAGAAGAUGGAUUCGCAACGGCGUUUAAAAUCGACGAGUGCAACAGCCCCGAGGAGUCUUCGGAGGCGCGCUGUCGACUGGCCACUCUCGUCUUCAUGAUGGACCACUUCCAGCGAGUGCUCAGGAGUCAGCAGAAGAAGAAGAUGGCCUACGAGGCGUUCGCCAUCUGCCUCACUCCCUGCCUCUUUGGAAUCGAGGCGCAUUGUAGCAAGGUUCUGGAGAUAAUGCUGGAGCACUGGGAAUGGAUUGGCAAGAGUCUCACAACGGUUUCCGAACACAAUUUACCAUCGGAACUGCUGUGGGAUGCACGGCGUUAUAUACUGGAGAACCUGCGCAAGGAAUUCUUCAAGGACUUGUAG